CAUUCUUCCCUUCACUCUCUCUUUCUUUGUCACAGACACGCUAAAACAAAACAUUAUAAAAAGGUUUGUUUCAGACAACUUUUUCUGCACUCUUGGUCCUUUUCCUUCAACAGAGAGGAUCAAUACCCAAGAAAAUGGGUUUUCUGUUACCGACUCUGUUUUUACUUCUUCUGUUUUCUUCACACCAAACAAAAGCUUAUGAAUUUAACUCCAACACAACAGCAACAACUACCAUUUCCAGUAGUAGUAGUAGUAGUAAUGAGAGAAAACUCGCUGGAAGAUGUAACUGGUUUCGUGGCAAAUGGGUCUAUGACCCUUCGUAUCCUCUCUAUGAUCCUUCUUCUUGUCCCUUUAUAGAUCCACAAUUCAAUUGUCAAAAGUACGGCAGACCUGAUACUCAGUAUCAGAAAUAUAGAUGGCAACCUUUCACUUGUUCUAUACCAAGGUUCAAUGCAUUGGAUUUUCUAGCAAAGUAUAGGGGGAAGAAGAUUAUGUUUGUUGGUGAUUCUUUGAGCUUAAAUCAGUUCAAUUCAUUGGCAUGUAUGAUUCACUCUUGGGUGCCAAAAACAAGGUAUACCUUCUCAAAGCAAAGUGCUAUCUCCACAAUAACAUUUCAGGAUUAUGGUCUCCAAUUAUUUCUAUUCCGCACACCAUACUUGGUUGAUCUUGACCGUGAGAACGUUGGGCGUGUUCUAAAGUUGGACUCAAUAAAGAGUGGUAAUGCAUGGAGAGGGAUGGAUGUACUAGUUUUCAACACAUGGCAUUGGUGGACCCACACUGGAAAUGCACAACCAUGGGAUUAUAUUCAAGAAGGUGGCAAGGUGUACAAAGACAUGAACCGUUUCAUUGCAUUCUACAAAGGUUUGACAACUUGGGCUAGAUGGGUUAACAUCAAUGUAAAUCCAGCUCAAACCAAGGUCUUCUUUUUAGGAAUUUCUCCUGUGCAUUACGAGGGGAGAGAUUGGAACCAACCAGCAAAAUCAUGCAUGAGAGAGACAGAACCAUUCUUUGGUUUGAAGUACCCAGCAGGAACACCAAUGGCUUGGGUGAUAGUGAAUAAGGUAUUAAGCAGAUUAAAGAAGCCAGUGUAUUUUCUAGAUGUGACAACAUUGUCACAGUACAGAAAAGAUGCACAUCCAGAAGGGUAUAGUGGUGUUAUGCCAACAGAUUGUAGUCAUUGGUGUCUUCCAGGACUUCCUGAUACUUGGAAUGUUCUUCUUCAUGCAGCUCUCUUUGGUUGAAAUUAUAUGUGUUUCUUAAUUAGUCCAUGAAAACCCAUUGUUUUCUACCAUAGGAAAUUAUUUAACUUGGAUAAUAAAAUGGUUGAUGUUACAUUGCUACAUAUUGUAAAUUUUCAUAUUAUUUUGGCAGAAACCUUGCCCUCAUUGUACCAAACACACUCUUUGGAAUAUUGAAAAGUACUUGCAAUGCAAAGAACCUUCCUUUGGAAUAUGUUUGUGACACUGAAUUCCUUUUCUAGAAA